AUGAAAAUUCAACCAGUUGAUUUCAACGCCCAAAUUGAACCACCUAUAUUUGAGCCUGUGAAGCCAGUGACAAAAUCGAGGUUCAAGAGGCUUUUCGAGAAGCAGUUUUCCAGCGUUCUGAGAAUAUCAACGCAGGAAAAGGCAGCCGGCAAUGGAGGCGCCGAUGAGCCUCAUCACUGUAUCAAAUAUGGUCCUGAAGAAUUCGAGCCGAGCUCUGUUUGCCUAGAUAAAAUGGUUCAGAAUUUCAUCGAGGACAACAACGAGAAACCCCAUAGGUGUUGCCGGAACAGAUGCAAUUGCUUCAAUAAAAACUGCUCUGACAGCUCCGAUGAGGAACUUGACUCAUUCAAUUGCUUUGGCGAAUCAACAAAUUCUCCUUCAUCUGAUGCACUUGAACUUGUCAAGAGUUUAGUACCUUGCGCGUGUGUUUAUGAGAGAAAUCUGUUAGCAGACACUGCGAAAAUUGUCGAGAAAAACAAGAUCAGCAAACGAAAAGACGAUUUUUGUAGAAAAAUUGUCAGUGACAAUCUAAUUGCUCUUGGAUACAAUGCUUCAAUCUGCAAAUCUCGCUGGGAAAAAUCCCCCUCUUUUCCCUCAGGGGAAUAUGAAUAUGUGGAUGUGAUGAUUGAAGGGGAUAGGUUUAUAAUCGACAUUGAUUUUCGAUCAGAAUUUGAAAUUGCAAGAUCAACCAAAGCAUACAAAUCACUUCUCCAAACACUGCCUAACAUAUUUGUAGGUAAAUCCGAUCGCCUCGAGAAGAUCAUUAACGUUGUAUCUGACGCAGCCAAACAGAGUUUGAAGAAGAAGGGCAUGCCAUUUCCACCUUGGCGCAAGGCCGAUUAUGUUAAGGCCAAAUGGCUCUCUCCUUACACCCGAACCACUCCGGGAGUAAUUGGUGAGGAAGUGAAGGAUUUCAUUACUACGAAACCAAGUUCUUUUGGUGAAUUUGAGUUGAUUUUCGUGGAGAAGUGUUCGCUUAACAAAACUAACAACAAUGGGACUAACAAUGACGGUAACGACGUGUUUACUAACAGUGACGAGGGGAUGACUCCACUGAUGAAACCAUUGGAGAUUAGGCCAAGGAGUUUGCAGAAAGGAGUUAAGAUGGUUACUGGUUUAGCUUCUGUAAUUGAAGAUGAUAAACCAUGA